CUACAGCCGUCUAUGUUUUAGUUGCAGAGAGACGAAGAAGAAACGGAGACACAAUCCAUACCUUGUUCAAAUCAAACAGAAAAGAAAAUGAAACAAGUUGUCAUAUGAAACAGAGAUUUCUUUUGGAUUUCGGUGGAAGAGGAGGAGAAUUUGUAGACAUGGAGAGUAAUAUAAAAAACGGUGGCACUAAAAUGGAGGCAGCGACCAAUCAAAGAAAGGGCUUUGGAGGAAUGAGAUUGGAGAAUCCGUUUACCUUGAAAGUGGGUCAAGUAUUUACUGGCUUUGGCAUUGGUUGUGGUAUUGGUAUAGGCGUGGGUCGACCUAUAAACCUUGGUGGGAUACCUAUGGUGGGCGAAGUUAUGAGUGCAACUAGAGGUGCAACUGACGUGUUUUCUGGUGUUAGCAGACAUGUAAAUGUUGUUUUGAAGAAGUUGGGGGCUAAGAACAUUGAAGCAGGAGUUGGAUGCGGAGUUGGUCUUGGCCACGGCUUUGGCAUCGGACUCGCUGUUAAGCCUGGAGUAUUGAAUCAACUUCAAUGUUGUGUUACACAAGGGAUGACAAAAUUGAUGAACAAGUUUGGAAUAGCUCCCGAUUUCCCCUUCAGUGAAGGUGCUUUUCCCGAAUCCUUUCAAAGUGGUUUGACCACAACAAAUGAACCCUCUGUCCAUGGCCUGCGUGGAAACUUGAAGCAGGUGGUGUUGAAGCCACCACUUUCAACAUCUCAAGGCUUGUCUCAACCUGUAAAAAUGAGCAGUGGUUCAGCUAAUGAGAAGUUUUCAUCAGAAACUCCCAAUGAGACAUCUUUUGGGAGUAGAACAGAAAACGUUCUCAAUAGCUUUUCGCAAAGUCCGUUUUUGAAGGAAGAUGAAACUAGCCUAAGUGAACUGGCUGGAAAGUUGCGAUCUGAAAACAACAUGCUUCAACUGUUGCUGAAACAUGAGCGAAUGAUCGAGGAGCUUAUGGAGGAGAAUCAGAAGCUUUGUCAGAUACUCCUGGAAGACCUGAAAAUACCACCCAGCAAGCUCCAAGCCAGUUACUCGAGUACAAUGAAAUCUCCAUGUUUGGAAUGCUUCUAUUGCCGAAGGAAACAAAGGAGAAGUAGAUGAUGAUAACGAAUGAUAAGUAAACUAAAGACCAUUCAAGUGCCAUACCAAAGUUCUUAUUUGACAGCACAUCCGACCGAAUUUUGAGUUCUGGUGAGGCACUCCAACCUGAUAAUGCUGAAGUGGUGUUAGUCAUCAUCAAGUUUGAGCCAGAGGAAAAGGUUCUGAAGUAAGUCAAAUCCCUCAAAUACUAACUCAACAAGCUGAUUAAACAAUAGAUAUGAUUUCUCUUGUUGUGUUUCGUUUGCGGAUAGUCAGAUUAUGCUAUUUCACUUGCAUCUUUUUCCCCGUUGAUGUGCAAUUCUUUGUUAUAAUUUGCAUGGUAACUGGUCAUGAAAAUUGUACACUAAUGUUGACUUGAAUACCAAUUAACAGAA